AUGUUAUUAUUAUCAAAACCUCUUAUGGAAAAAAAGCCUAUUGAUCCAGUUAUCCGAGCUCAGGCGGUGGCCUUACAUGGUGCCGGUCUCAACCAGGUUCAAAUUUCAAAACAACUAAAGAUCUCAAGAUGUCGUGUUCAAAAUACGAUCAAACAGUAUGAAGAGCUAUUUCGAUAUGAUGAUCUGAAACACACCGGACGUCCAAAAAAACUUUCUGAUCGUGAAGUUCGGCAUUUGAAAAAAUUGGUCAAAGGAGAUUCCCGCCUUAGCGCUGCGAAAAUAGCGUCGGACUUGACCAGCAGCUUACCAAAACCGGUUACAAUACGAACAGUACGCCGAUAUUUGAAAGAUCUUGGCUUUGAGUACGUAGUGAAAAUCAAGAAACAGUGGUUAAGUGCCCGACAUCGGCAACAGCGUGUUGCCUGGUGCACACAACAUUUGAGCUGGACACAUGAUGACUGA